AUGUCGCAAGCAAAUGACAAGGAAGCUGCGCCAAGCGACCUUGUCGAUCGUCAAGGAGUGCAAUCGAUUGCUCCAAACAUGCAAGGCGACGAAGGUGCCUCACAGUCAUCUCAACACCGCCCAGAUGCGCCGCCCGCGCUCCAAGCUGAAGAGCAUCUCCGCCACGAGCCGCUAUCCCCUCGAGCUCAGCGAGCGAGUGGAUCGACUGUCAGUAGUAGCGCGCGGCUAGACACGCAGAAAGGCCGCAAGGACGCAUCUCGCUGGUCCUUCGAAGAAUCUGCAUCAGAAUCAGGAGACUCGUCUCGUCUGUCGAUUCAAGUCCAAGCACCGACGCUCAGCGACAAGGCCUCAUAUUCCCACCUGUCUGGCCAGGCGUCAAGUGGCAAUCAGAGCAAGCGGAGUAGCAACUCGUUUGCUUUUGGCUCUGGCUCGAACAGCAUCAAUAAGGAGCCGUCUUCGCUUUGCUAUCUGCAGCGCCCGACAAGCCCGCUCCUCGUCACCAAGCGGUCGUCUCGUACCGUCGAGCGUAGUCCGUCUCAGACGUCCAAAUAUAAGCCUGAGGAGCACCUGCAAGCAAACGCGUCAAGCGAAGGCAGCGCGCCCGAUCACACGCCUCCGGAUCUCACGUUGACCGUGCCUGAUACCGCCGACGAGCUUGCUGCCCUUCCUCUUCCGUCAACCACUGUAGAAUUUGCGAAACUCAGCGUUAGUGGGCUGACAGAUCCGACACGGCAAAGGGCAGCCUCUGCGCCGAUCCUCGUCGCGCCCCAACCUCGCAAGAUCAGUUUACUGAUACAAGAUCCUCGAUUCAGAUCUCCGGGUCGUUCAUCCUAUCGAACAGAGUCUAUUACUUCCAGUAGCAGCCAGUCAUCGGCGAACGAGAGAUUCAGUCGAGACACUUUUCAGACCGCAGCCUCAAAGGCGCCACAACCGUACUUUGCUGGCUCAUCCAUCUUCAGAGAAAGCUUCUCGUCUGUUGCUCCUCGUCCUGGCGAUCGAGUAUCUGUCGUUGCCUCGGAGACUGGCUUGCGAGUAUUUCCGGUCCCUGACAGCCCAUCGCAGUACAGCUCCGACUUUCUUAGUGACUUUGCGCCUACACCGCCGCCUCGACCGAAGCAUAAGAGCUCUGCAGCAGUACUUCAGCGUCGUCUGAUCACCAGUCCUAUAGAGCGAGCAGAUUCGCCUCUUCCUGCACCUUUCUUGCCUGGUCUGAACCCGCUUUCUGGCGUUUGGCGAACAGUCACGCCAGAUCUCGUUGAACCCGAGCCUGCAAGCCUUUCUUAUAGCCUCGCGAAAGAUUGGCGGUACUCCUCGGAACCUACUGACAGCUCCAAAGCGCGCUUCCAGACUCUGCCACUUGAUCGAUCUGCGAUCCGUUCAAGUGUAUCGCGCGAGAGCAUCGUAGACGACGUACAAAGCCCUAAAUCUGACCUCGAAAAACCGCAUAAUCCGGUAGAGCAAUUGAAGCGCUCACGCAUUUGGUCAAAGCCCUUGUUACCGGAAGCCUUCUGGAGACGCAAGAGACGGUCUAGCGAUCACUCGGAGAGCACAAUCAAGGUAGAACGCGCAGGUACGCGUGCCUGGCGAGGUCAAAGUGUUGAUCUGCCCCCUCUGCCCGUGCCGCUCGUCCCGACCGUCUUCUCGCGAGCCUCACACGACGUCAGUACAAGCCACCAACGGCAUUCGGCUCUGGCUACGAGUCGCUCGGCUCUUAUCAAGCGUCGAGACACCGUACAGAUCGGAAUCAAUCGCCAGAUGGAUCAUCCUUACCGUACAGCGCAGAUGUCCUCUUUCGACCCUAGAAACUUCCACCAGGCUCAUUUCAGAAGUGUACAACCAGCUCAGCCAAGCUCUAACAGAUCUUCGCGAAUCGUGCAGCGCCCUCAAACUGCUACAAGCUUCCAGAACUCGCACGAGCGUGUAUCCGGGCCAGAUGAAGAGCGACAGCGCUCGUCCUUGAUUGGCAGCAGACCUGCCUCGCCCGUGUCAGUACACAGUGCCAGAUCUACAUGGGGUAACGCCGACGUAGCCAAUACUCGUAUACGCGCGGCUUCGCCAACGAUGAGCGAGAGCGCUCGGAGGAAAACGAAAUCAGAUUCGCGGCGCUCUUCGGCAGCUCCGAAUCGCGAGAGCACGUCAGCUCCGCGCUACUCGACCCAUCAGGGUCACCAGCGCUACUCUUCGUACAAUGCUAGCCAAGCCAAAUCGAUGCAAUACCAUAGCGAUCGUCAACGAGCACAAAGCAAUGUCGCUGCUGUUGCCAAUCACCGCGAUCGCCACGUGCGGACAGCUUCGCUACCGCUCAACACAUUUGACGUUCGAGGCGAUUUUGACAACGUGUCAAGGCCGUACAGCACCGUCGCCCAGGAAGUUCGCAGUACGAGCUUUGACAGGCAACGAAACUUGUCAGACCCGACGCGCGAAGACGCAUCCCUGGAUCUUCGGGCGGCCAACGCGUCAUCUACGAACCUGAUUAGCGGCGAUUACAAGGACGUAGUCUUGUCAAGUAUGCCUGUGUUGGGCACGGAUUGGGCAGCUGAUGAAGGCCGAAUGGCUCGCAAGGAGGCAAGGAAGUCGCAAUUCCGACAGAGCAAGGCCGGCGUUGCAGUCAAUGAGCUUGGUGAAUGGCAGCGCGGAGAGCGUAAGCUGUGUGGCUGGUUCGGAUGGCGGCAUGGUGUAUGCGUCCUCUUCGCGAUCAUCGUUGCGCUCGGCAUCACGCUCUAUUUCGUCAUUCCGAGAACACCUUCGGUCCUGAUCAGCACGAGCCAGCCUCUUGCGCUUGACACGACAUAUGCCGAUCCUGUCUUCAGCCACGGGCCGCCCGCCACCUUUGAUUGGCAUGGCGUUCUGAAUUUGGCUUUUGACUCAACAGACAAUUAUAUCCCGAUCCAUCUCUCGAGCUUGAGUGCCUCGAUCAAAGAUCUUAACACCAAUGCCGUCAUCGCGACGGGGAGUAAAACGGGUCUCGCAUUGCCGGGCAAGGCUCAGAGCACCGUCGCUCUGCCUAUUCAUUUUGCGUAUCAGGCUAACAACGAUACCGAUACGACGUUCCAAGAUAUUUACAAGGGCUGCUCGAAGAGCUAUACAGGCGUCACUCGUCCUGGCCUCAAUCUCGUCGUGCAUCUGUCAAUGUCUAUUGUUGGAAUCAUCGGCAGCAAGACCGCGAACACACAGCUGUCCGAUCUCGCGUGUCCAUUCCAGCUGGCAGCUAGCGCAUAA